AUGUGGUCCAGACGCUUCCCACCCUGGCGGGGCUCCGAGCUGGACGCCACGAUCCCGUUCGAUCGCCACUUACCCACAGCGAAACGGGCCGGAUCGCUCCUGCGGCUGUGGCGCGAAUUGCGAGCAAAUCGCUUCGACCUAGUGAUCGACCUGCAAGGCUUGCUCCGUAGCGGGUUGAUGACCUGGGCCACCGGGGCUGCCACGCGAUUGGGCAUGAGCAAUGCCCGCGAGGGAGCGGCCAAAGCCUACACCCACGCAGUCGACGUACCCCGAGACAUGCCGGCGGUGGCCCGUUACUGGAUGCUGGCCCAAGCUCUCGGCUGUGAAGGCGAUCCACCGUCGCUGUGCCCCAAGCCGUCGACCGACGAUUGGAGUUGGGCCCGCGAGCAGUUGAACGACCUUCCCCGGCCCUGGCUGGCAAUCCACCCGGGGGCCCAGUGGGAAACGAAGCGCUGGGGGGGUGAACGCUUCGCCCAGGUGGCCCGACGGGCGUAUGAACAAUACGGCGGCGGAAAGAUCAUCCUCGGCGGACCCGAUGAGGUCGAACUGUGUGGCGAGUUCGAACGAGAACUGAACGCUCUAUCACGCGGUGGUCCUUCGACUCCCAUGAUCAACGUAGCUGGCCGGACGAGCCUGCUUCGCCUGGCCGCCGUCUCAGGGACGGCAGACGUAUUCCUCUCGGGCGACACUGGCCCCAUGCACCUGGCCGCCUCGAUGGGCACACCGACGGUGGCCGUGUUCACCUGCACGAGUCCUCUUCGAGCCGGGCCUCACGGUACGGGGCAUCGGAUUGUCGCCACCUGCGUGUCGUGCGCGGCCAGCUAUUUGAAGACCUGCCCCACGAUGCACUGUCGUGAUGAGAUCACGCCCGAGCGGGUUUGGGCGGCGCUCGAUGUUGGGCGUUCGGCAGCACAGGCGUACAAUUCAGCUAUGGCACCUCGUCCGGAACAAACGAUGCAGAAACGCUCGAUGAACCGCAUCAUUAUCUUGGCUUCAGGCCUGGUUGUGGCGGGGUGCAUUGCUGCGGGGUUGAUGUUCGCCAUCGGUGGUGAAGACGCCCGGCCGGCAGAACGCCCUUCGAAUCUCACGCUGCAAGAAAUCCCCUUCAACGGCGAACGUGCCUACGGCUAUCUCGAACAAAUCUGCGCGAUUGGCCGACGCUACAGCGGUUCGCCUGGCAUGCAGAAACAACAGCAGUUGCUGAUCAAACAUUUCGAGAAGCUGGGGGCCGAGGUCGAACAGCAAACCUGGCGGAUUCGGCAUCCGAUCGAUGGGUCGCCGGUGCAACUGACAAACCUCAUCGUGCGUUGGCAUCCCGAAAGAAAAGAGCGCGUGCUGCUGGCCGCGCAUUACGACACACGGCCAUAUCCCGAUCGCGACCAGAAACAACCUCGCGGGGUAUUCGUGGGCGCCAACGAUGGUGCCAGUGGGGUGGCGGUACUGAUGGAAUUGGGCAACAUGAUGCCCCAGUUGCAGACGACCUUAGGCGUUGACUUCGUGUUCUUCGAUGCGGAAGAGUUCGUGUUCAACGAGGAAGACCGCUACUUCCUGGGGUCGGAAUACUUCUCGCGCGACUAUCGGGCAGCCCCACGCGAUUUCGAAUAUCGUUGGGCGGUGCUGCUGGACAUGAUCGGAGAUGCCGAUCUGCAAAUAUUCUUUGAACGCAACACCAUGGCUUGGCGAGAUUCGCGACCGAUGGUCGAAGAGAUAUGGUCCACCGCACAGCGGCUGGGCGUGACCGAGUUCAUCCCCCGUGCGAAACACCGCAUUCGCGACGACCACCUGCCGCUGCACAACACGGCCGGCAUCCCCAGUUGCGACAUUAUCGACUUCGACUAUCCGUACUGGCACACCACGGCCGACACGCCGGAUAAAUGCUCGCCGCAGAGCCUGGCAAAGGUCGGUUGGGUCAUCAGCGAGUGGCUCUCCACGACGCGUUAG